AUGGAAGAACUUGAGUCUUGCUCUGUUUACAAAGACGGACGCCUGUUCAUUUUAGCAUACAAGGAGGUCAUCGAAUUCGGUCCAUUGCAGGUGUCUGCCUCUGCCCUUGUGUUCAGUCCGUCUGGCAGCCCAAAGGUGGAAAUAAAUUGGAACGCCUGUCUUCAGACUCUCGAGGGCCAUGGUGAUAACGUGACCUCAGUGAUCUUCUCAAAUGACGGCCAGCGACUCACAUCAGAACUUGGUUUUUUGAACGUGUACUCUCCUUCUGGCACGUUUAAAUUUGAUUUCGAGAAGACUCUUCCCCGCGACUCUAGUGACUCUGGCUAUAGCACAAGUGCCAAAGACAUAUGGAUUACGAAUUUACGAAUAAAGGACAGAAUGCGCUUUGGCUACCUCCGCAGUGUCGCCCACUGA